AAAAUUAGGUAGAGAAUUGGGAGUAAAGCUUCAAUCCUGAUCUUAAUUGCUAUGACAUUCUCUUUUUACACUUGUUUUGCUAUUUUACUUUUCUUACUCUCUAUAACAGUGGGGAGCAGUGAGAUUGCUAGAUCAACAAAUAAUGAUUCAGAAUCUCUUUUAGCUGAGGAAAAAGCAUUGAUGGAAACUGGGUGGUGGAGUAACUACAGCAACAUAGGUGUUCACCAUUGUACAUGGCCUGGUGUCAGAUGCAGUGCAACUGGAAUUGUCAUCGAGAUUGAUCUUAGUGGCCAUGGUCUAAAUGGGAGUAUAACACCUCAAAUAGGUGCACUUUCCAAACUCAAGUGCCUCAACCUGUCCUCAAAUAAUCUUAGAGGUGUGUUACCUUCUUCACUUGGAAACCUUACUCAAUUGGCAGUGCUUGAUGUUUCUUAUAAUGAAAUUCAUUCUAUUCCCUUGGAAAUUGAGAAGAUGGAGAAUCUUGUUUUUCUAAAUUUGACGAGGAACCUCAUUGUUCAUAUGCCUUCAGCUAUUGGUCUUUUGACCAAUCUCACCCACUUGAUUAUGACCUCUAAUCCAUUGCAGAGCAUCAUCCCUCCCCAUAUAUGGAACCUGAAAAAGCUAAUGACUCUCCAUCUCGGAAACUGCCAACUCCACGGUUCCAUUCCACCAAAUAUUGGAAAGCUGAAGAGUUUGGUUAAUCUCCAUCUCUCAAGGAACAUGCUUGUUGGUCCAAUCCCAUCUUCUAUCAACAACUUAACCAAUCUUGCAUCGUUGGUUCUUAAUGACAACCAACUUAAUGGAUCCAUUCCGCAAGAAAUUGGGAGACUGACAAAUUUGAUUACAUUGGAGCUAUCUUCUAAUAUGCUUGUUGGUCCAAUCCCAUCUUCUGUCAACCACUUAACCAAUCUUGCAUCACUGGUUCUUUAUGGAAACCAACUUAAUGGAUCCAUUCCACAAGAAAUUGGGAGACUGACAAAUUUGAUUACAUUGGAUCUAUCUUCUAAUAUGCUUGUUGGUCCAAUCCCAUCUUCUGUCAACCACUUAACCAAUCUUGCAUCACUGGUUCUUUAUGGAAACCAACUUAAUGGAUCCAUUCCACAAGAAAUUGGGAGACUGACAAAUUUGAUUACAUUGGAUCUAUCUUCUAAUAUGCUUGUUGGUCCAAUCCCAUCUUCUGUCAACAACUUAACCAAUCUUGCAUCGUUGGUUCUUUAUGGAAACCAACUCAAUGGAUCCAUUCCGCAUGAAAUUGGGAGGCUAACGAAUUUGGUUACAUUACAUCUAUCCGCCAAUAUGCUUUUGGGUCCCAUCCCUUCCUCUUUGGGUAAGUUAUCCAGACUGGAGUCGUUCUCUCUUUAUACAAAUAAAAUAAAUGGUUCCAUCCCAUUAGAAAUAAGAAAUCUUAAGAGGUUGACUUACUUGGAUCUUGGUGCCAAUAACUUGAGUGGUGAAAUCCCUUCGUUUCUAGGUCUUUUGCCCAGCUUGAGUAGCUUGUACCUUGACUCAAAUCUUUUUGAAGGUUUCAUCCCAUUAGAUAUUGGAAAAUUAAAGAAUCUGACUGUAUUGUAUCUCUCUUAUAACAAACUCACUGGCCCAAUCCCUUCAUCUCUACUUCAUUUACCCAAUUUAAGGGGAUUAUCCAUCGCUUCGAAUCUUUUGGAGGGUCCCAUACCCCAUGAAAUUGAGAGUUUGAAUGUCCUGAAUCACUUGAAUCUCUCAGACAAUAAAUUGAGCGGAAGGAUUCCCUUGCAAAUUGGUGGCUUAUCUCUAUUUCAACUUGAUCUCAGCCAUAACAUCCUUGGGGGAGAUAUACCGUCUCAAUUCAAUUCCACAAACAUUGAUCUUAGCCAUAACCAUCUCCAAGGAUUGAUACCUUUCCGAUUUUGGAGGAUAACUCAAUUCAGCCUUAUAGAUCUCAGUUCGAAUAAGCUAACGGGCAUGAUUCCUGAACUUCCAUUUUAUCCUAUGAGAAUCAAUUUGUCAUUUAAUUCACUGAGGGGUCAAAUUCCAUAUGGAUUAUUGAAUUUUCCACCUGAGACAUUUAUAGGCAACAAGGAUUUAUGUGGUUCCGUUCAAGGCUUCCGUCCUUGCCCUUCAUCUCCAAAUGUAAACCGAGAAAGAAAUAGCAAAGUAGUGAAACACAAUCUGCCUAUUGUUAUUCUGGUUCCAACUUGGUUAUUUUUUGUCUCGACUUUUGUGUUGGUGAUAUUCAUCCUAUUCCGACGAUAUAGAGCUAAAGCUUUGAAAUCUGAGCCAAGUCCAACCAAAAAUGGAGAUUUAUUCUGUAUUUGGAACUUUGAUGGAAAGAUUGCUUUUGAAGACAUCAUCAAAGCCACAGAGGAUUUUGAUAUCAAAUAUUGCAUUGGAACGGGUGGUUAUGGCAGUGUAUACAGAGCAAUCUUACCAAGUGGCAAAGUUGUUGCAUUGAAAAAAUUCCACCGAUUGGAAGCUGAGCAGCCGGCUUAUGAUACAAGUUUCCGAAAUGAGAUCAAGUUUUUAACAGAAAUACGACACAAGAACAUUGUCAAGCUCCACGGAUUUUGUCUCCACAAUCGUUGCAUGUUCUUGAUUUAUGAAUAUAUGGAAAACGGAAGCUUGUUUUAUGCCUUGAGCAUUGAUGAGGAAGCUGUGGAAUUGGAUUGGACCAAAAGAGUGAACAUUGUCAAAGGUGUCGCACAUGCUUUAUCUUACAUGCAUCAUGAUUGCAACCCUCCAAUUGUUCAUCGAGACAUCUCAAGUAAUAACAUUUUGUUGAACUCUGAAUUGGAAGCUUUUAUUGCUGAUUUUGGAACUGCAAGACUUCUUGAUCCUAAUUCAUCUAAUCAAACUGUAAUUGUUGGCACGUACGGAUAUAUUGCCCCAGAACUUGCUUAUUCAUUAGUUGUGACGGAAAAAUGUGAUGUAUAUAGCUUUGGAGUGUUGGCAUUGGAAAUAUUGAUGGGAAAGCAUCCUGGUGAAUUGUUGUCAACACUAUCAUCAACGUCAUCGCCAUCUAAUAUCCAAAAUGUCAUGUUAAAUGAAAUUUUGGACCCUCGAUUAUCACCCCCAAGAAGUCGAAAAAUGACAGGAGACAUUGCUUUUGUUGCUGUGAUUGCUUUCGCAUGCUUACGGGCCAAACCCAAAGCUCGACCAACAAUGAAAUCAGUGUCUCAAGAAUUCCUACACAUCAAGUCUCCAAUUUCAGUGCAUCUUCAUGAAAUAUCUCUUAUCAAGCUUAAGAACCAUGAUAUGUUUAUGAGCGGGAAAAGUUAUAAAUAAAUAGUAGUUGAUUUGACUCUGCAUUUUUAAGACGAUAUAAAUAUUAUAUUCUCCUAAAUGCUUUCAUUAUUCAUUUUUAAUUUACCAAAA